UUUCACGUCUGUAAAACUCUUUAUACAAGCACCGGAUCAACGUAAUUUAAGUUUAAGCUCUUUUGAGAGACUGAUUUUGGAAAAUGCUGUAAAGAUCUGAAGAGACAAUAAAUUCAAAAUGGGAACCAGAGUAUAUCUUGGAAGACUGUCACAUCAUGCAAGAGAAAAAGAUGUUGAAAGAUUUUUUAAAGGCUAUGGAAAAAUAAGAGAUGUUAUGUUGAAAAAUGGUUAUGGUUUUGUUGAAUUUGAAGACUACAGAGAUGCAGAUGAUGCUAUUUAUGAAUUAAAUGGGAAAGAUUUGUGUGGAGAAAGAUGUACUGUUGAGCAUGCUCGUGGAGCUCCUCGAGGUGAUGAUAGACGUGAUGGGGGUAGAGAUAGAGGAGGUUAUAGGGACUAUCCUCCACAGCGUAGCCGACGAGGAGGAAGAGACAAUAAUAGAAGGGGUGGCUUUGGACAGAACAACAGUGCUGACAGAAGGGGCUUUGGACAGAACAACAAUAGUGCUGAAAGGUAUGGACCCCCCACAAGAACGGAGAACAGGUUAAUUGUAGAAAACCUUUCUUCAAGAGUAAGCUGGCAGGAUUUGAAAGACUACAUGAGACAAGCUGGAGAAGUCACAUAUGCUGAUGCACACAAGCAGCACAAAAAUGAAGGAGUUGUUGAAUUUUCCUCAUACUCCGAUAUGAAGGCAGCUUUGGAUAAAUUAGACAAUACAGAAAUCAAUGGUAGAAAAAUCAAGUUGGUAGAAGACCGACCAAAAAGUAGUAGUAGAAGCAGUAGGAGAAGAUCUCCAAGUAGAAGCAGAAGCAGAUCCAGGUCAAGAGGAAGAAGGUCCAGGAGUGCAAGCAGAAGUCGCAGCAGGAGUAAAAGUUCAAGAAGCAGAAGUCGUAGUAGAAGUAGAAGUAAAUCAAGGAGUCCAAGUGUCGACCGUAAAGAGGCUUCAAAGUCCAGAUCAAAAUCACCAGAAGAGAAUGGAGAUAAAGAUUGAAAUUACAGAACAGUUUGAUCAUCUAUUGAUAUUUUCAUCAUCUAUUCAUCAAUUGCUGUUAACUAUAUGAACAAAUAUGAAUUAUUUAGUACAUGUUAAAGGUUAAGUAGUCAAUGGCAUAAUAUAGCAUUUGCUAGAUAAAUGCUGCUUUGCGUGAUGUAUUAAUGUUUUUAGACCAUUUCUGCAGCAUGAUAUAUCACAAACCAUUUUUUUUAACUCUUUAUGUUGAAUUUUCUUUCAGGCAAUGAAGAUGUAAGAGAAAUAUCAUUGUAAAUAUCUUAUAUCUUUUUAUAAUACUGUAUUGAUCACCUGUGAAUAAAUGUCAUUCAUAAUGUUCAUUAAACUGAAGAAAAUCAAAAAAAAAUGUUGACUUUUAAGAGUCGCCCCACCUGUU